CGAUCCAGUAACUGACUGGUUAACUACUGCUAGGGAUAGAUUGUAAACCGCAUUUUCUAGUUGAUGCAAUCAGCAUUCUUUAAUCUUUAUAUAAACCAGUCGGGAUCAUAUUUUCCUCAAUGUUGCACUCAAAACAUCUCUGCCGGCAAUUCCAUACCGCGGCACGACGGGUCCCAUUGGCUUAUGAACUCCAUCGACCACCUACCAGCAACAGUCCCACGAGCCAUAAUCCGACUUCAAGCACGCCAAUUCUCUUCUUGCAUGGGUUUCUAGGCUCGAAGCGUGAGAACAGACAUGUUAGCAGACUGCUCGCUAAAGAUCUCUUCCGGCCUGUAUAUGCUCUGGACAUGCGCAACCAUGGCGAAUCCGGUCAUCAUCCAAAACACGACUACAUGGAGAUGGCACUGGACGUAAAAUUUUUCAUUGAAAGACACCAGCUUCGGGCACCGACUAUCAUUGGCCACUCUAUGGGCGCCAAAACAGCAUUAACACUAGCUUUAGAAUCCCCGACCCUAAUCAAGGACGUAGUGGCCAUCGAUAAUUGCCCAAUCCGCUUACCACUGGAGUCAGAUUUUGUCCGAUAUUUGGAAGGAUUGGCAAGACUGAGAGACGAACGGAUCACGGACCAUUUGCAAGCUGAUAAAAUCUUGACUCAAUAUGAAAAGUCUCCUGCUAUACGGGCUUGGCUCAUUAGCAACCUUCACAAGAAGCCAGAUACACCUUUCCUCCAGCUUCGUGUGCCCGUCGAAACCUUGAGCACAGCCAUAAGGCCUCUUGGCGAAUUUCCUUAUCGUGUGGGCGAGGAGAGUCAAGCCAUUAGGCAAUUCAAUGGUCGCGUCCUCUUCCUGAGAGCUCUUCAGAGCAACUUUAUUCCUGAGUCAGCGCUACCGCUGAUAAAUUCCUUCUUUCCGUCUUCUGAGAUCGUGGAUAUUGACUGCGGUCAUUGGAUUGUUCAGGAGAAGACCGAGGAAUUCCGUAAGAUUGUUGGGAGAUUUCUUCUAGCGCAGAGGGAUUAGCUCGGUCCGCUUUCUAUUUGUAUAAGAGGUGCUUCUUUGUGAUUGUUGUCACUCAUACGAAUCUCCCUGUAUGCUAUUACGGUAGGUAAUUCAUAGGGCUAUUACCUUGCACCUUUUAUACUAUUUUAAAUGGACUAGCAAGUGGCG